AUGCUAGAGAAAUUAAUCUUCUUGUUACUGGGGACGGUAGCCGCGCAUGUGAAGGUCUGCCCUCUCCAUACAAAUGUCGUCUUUGAUCUUAGUUAUCAAUGUAAUGCUCACACUAGCACAUUAGAAGUACGUAAGACAAACGUCGCAGCUGCUAUCGCCGAAGUAAACACCUUGAAAGCUAGAGGCUUCUGUGACAAUUUAAACUCCUUCACGAUGUUGUUCAACAAUCCAUCAAACGACGACUUCAGUAUGCCAGUAGUCUCUCCUCCUUGGGGAGAUUAUGAUCCUGGCGUUGCUACCUCACAGAGCUACAGUUUCACCGAGGAAGAGCUACACGUCAUGUUUUAUAUCGAUGCCCAGUGGGACAGUGGGGCCGCAAGUUUCGACUGGGAUUGGAUGGCCUACAAAAUCAUCCAAGAAGUGCAAAACAGCGUGUACCCGUCAGGAACUACUUUUGAAGUCUUCGUUGCUGCUCCUUCCAAUACAUACGCUCACUAUCCAAUUUAUAGAUAUGAUACUAUUGAUAGGAAACGCCGAACAACAGACUCACAAUAUCAUGAUUGCGAAAUCCGAAGUGUUCAAGUUCUCUACCAACGACUGGCAGCAGCGCUUCGAGUAGGACCCAUUGCCACCGAAAUUGUUCACGCAGCCGGCUUACAAUCGACAGGACUCGUUAACCUAAGCUCCUACUACCUCAAAUACGUUAAAACUGCCGAGCGAAACCGCAUUAUCUCCGUAAACAUCAUCAACCACGAAAGUUUCGUUACGAGCAUCACUCAUAAUGACAAACUCCGAUUCUUUUCCGAAAUUAGCCAUGUUGAGGCCACGAAGUCAAUUUGCUCGCUCUUCCUCUUCCGCGAACAAACCUGGCUUGAUAAUUUCUACAUGAUUAUGGAAAUCGAUAGCUAUGACGGAGAAGAUGUCAAUUUUGGCCUCAUUGGCGGUUAUUGGCGAUUCGAAUUCCAGUAUUUGGUCAAUUACUGGUACGGUUCCCCAGUUAUUGUGCCACCGGUUGGUUCUGUUACUGACGCGCCAGUUACUCCCCAGUGCGAAUGCCAAAAUGGAUGCACCUGCGAACCUUCGUGCAAAGAUGAAAAUAAUUAUUAUUGCAAGCCUCAAGUCGGUUUCCCGUUUAUUGGUAAAAAUUGUGAGUAUCCGAUUCAACCUCGUUGCACCACCGACUCUGUCUCCAUCUCAGUUCCAAACGAAGCCAUCUUCUGGUAUGCACAGGGAGUUCCGAACGUGGCCGUGCACGGAUGUGCAGCUGGUACGAUUUGCCACCCCUCUGAUGCUAUUUGCGGACCAUUCCGUGUCACUCCUGGUAGCACAAGCGUCAUCGCCUCUUGUCCAGUAACACCUUCUCUCGCCGGUGGCAGCUUACGCUCGUCAGUCACUUUUGUCUUGGACCGAGUGGACGAUCUCAUAAGCAUGCCUCGCGCCCUCACUCGCGUUGACUGUGUUGUUGAGGUUCGACAAGCACAAGCUGUCAUCCGCCCUGAAAUUCGAAAUGUCGGCACUGUUUCUAAAGUUAACAUUUGGCAGCCAACAAUGUCCUUCUGGAAAACUAACUUCAACGUUCGCCCAGGAAUCCCCGCGAAUAAUCUCGCUGUUCCCGGUACUGGCACAAUCAUCUACGUUGUUGGUGAAAUGCUGCAUGUAAGAUUAGAAGCAGAUUACAACGGGACUCCGGCGAGUCAAUUGCCGACACCACACACAAUCUCGUUGGACACUUGCACUCUCCGAUCAUCAGUUAACGCUGGCCAUGCGAUCACAAUCUUGUCAAAUGGCGUUGUCCCGCCAAAUCUGCCUUUCCCCGUUGUUGUUGAUCGCGCUGCUGGAUCGGUUGGCGGUGGCCAGGAGUUCCCCGGAGUUGGCUUCCAAUUCCAAAUGUUUCAGUUCGCGCCUGGUACGGAAAUCACGCUGAUGUGCUCCGUACGUAUGGAUAAAAACAGAAGACGACGAAGAUCUUCAUACGAUCCCUACUUGCUCCAUGAAAAUGAACAGCAUACUUUCUCCGAAUGGAGAGAACUUCUGGAUCAAUAUGAAGACUACUAUGAAGAGUACGAAUCAGAUGAAUACUUGCCCGAGCUUUAUAGCAUUUCUGAUGAGUAUUACGACCUUGGCAAUGAUGAAGAACAAAUCGAAGUUACAUUCUUCGUGGUUCAAGAAGCAUCCGACAUCGACGCCCUUAUUGAAGAAAUCAUUGAGGAUCUCCAAACACUCACGAUCUACGCUGACGUUCCUACGACAACCACGACGACAACCACGACAACGACUACGACCAGAACAACCGUUGAUCUUGGCAAAAUGAUUGAUGAAUUUUUCCAUGGAAACUUCACGACACCCAGUACCACCCGAACGACAAUCAAUCUUGCAGAUGAAAUUUUGGAUUUCUUCGAAAACGGGACGAGCUUCAUCGAGUCUAGCGGCAAAAAGCUGAAAUCUGAAGUCUACGAAGAGGUUGAAGAGAUCGAAAAGAUCUUAACGGAAACAGCUAGCUUCAUAUGGAUUCGAUACCUUCUCAUCAGCCUCCUCGGCGCCUUCACGAUUCUCCUCAUUAUCUUCCUCAGACAACGAAGAGAAAUGAUCAUUCAAAAGAGGCUUGAAGAAGAGGCCCUUAUGGGCGAAGAUAAAUCUGCCUUUGGCUAUUCUUUUUAA